UUUAGGAUCAACACAAAUCUCAUAGACGCAAAACAUGGCUUGCGGCUCCGGUUGCUGCGGACCCCCUGCAGCGGACUCUACGGUCCGCGAGCCGUCCCCGCCCAUAGCGACCGAGGCUCAGUGCAAGGACAAGUGCUGCGACGCCCCGGAGGAAGAAGAGUGUCAAGGCAGCGUCGAAAGUGAAGCUCAAACUGAGCUUGACAACGAUUGCUGCGCUCCUCAACCCGUCGAGGUUGGCUGCAACAAGGGCUGCUGCUCUGUGCUAGAUCCAAAGCGUCCCGAUGGCUACUCGAUUCCCGACCCUACAGAAUCCGGUUGCAACAAGGGUUGCUGCUCCCAGCCGCAGUUAACACAGCCCGAUGACACGACCGUGCCCAGCUGCUGCGAGGGCAAACCCGCUCCAUGUUGCGAUCAGUCUUGCCUGGACCGCCUGGCGCUGCGCGACUGUGGCAGCUAUGUACCCGACCUUGCUACCUCCGGCUCAACCUUUGACUGCCACAAAGGCAGCAAUGGCAAGCCUUGUGCCGACCAUGUUCGUAGCGUGCGUAAGACGUACGCUGAACGGCUGGAGGCUCUCGGCUGUAUCUGUCGUGCCCUGAUCGCUCUUGGCCAGGAGUCUUGCUGCAGCCCUCAACGUCCCUCGUCUGCGAAGAGCGCUCGCCGUCGCUCCAAGGAGACAGUGGCCCGUUCGUGUGCUUCUGUCGACUCAUGCUGCGCUGCGAGCGGUGCCAGUAGAGACGCUUGCUCCGCGAAACGGCAACCAAAUUCCAGGCGGGUAUGCUGCCCGGGCAACGAGAAUGAGAGCAAGUCUCAAUCCGCCGUCGAGAAAGUCUUUCCGGCCGAUGCUUGCUGUGCGGAAGAGCGAGGCUGCGUCCCUCUUCAGAAGGAGAAGGCAGCCGUCUCCGGCACAGCUCAUGCCACCGACCUCGAGAAGGUAUUGCCAUACAACGAUAAAGAGCAUGUUAUUCUCAGCAUAUCAGGAAUGACUUGCACCGGUUGCGAGACCAAGCUCGUUCGCACUCUCGGCACUCAUCCGUCUGUCAGGAAUUUGAAGACUUCUCUUCUCCUCUCUCGAGCCGAGUUUGACCUGGUCGGUGCAGCAUCUGCGGCUGAAAUCAUGAAGUAUCUUGAGCGAACGACCGAGUUCAAAUGCGAGAGAGUCAUGAACCGUGGUUCGAACCUCGAUAUUGUCGUUCCUGACGGCGAUGCUGCUGCUUUUGUCGACCAACACUGGCCCGACGGGGUCACGAGCAUCACGAUCGUGGAUAAGGAGACCGUUGCCGUCAAUUUCGAUGCCAAAAUCGUCGGAGCCAGAGAUCUCAUCACACGCGGAUGGGGUGGUGGUCCAGUCAGUCUUGCCCCGCUGCGGCCAGAUCCCACGCUCGAAACCGGCAGCAAGCACGUCCGCCAUCUCGGUUACAUGACUCUGCUCUCUAUCUGCCUUACGGUCCCAGUUCUGGUCAUGGCGUGGGCCCCUCUUCCCGAGCGCCACCUCGAGUAUGGCUCCGCAUCCCUCGCCCUUGCAACCCUCGUUCAGUUUUUCAUUGCCGGUCCUUUUUACCCAAAGGCAUUUAAAGCCCUCGUGUUCUCAAAAGUCAUCGAAAUGGACCUGCUUGUUGUGUUGAGCACCAGCGCCGCCUAUAUCUUUUCGGUUGUCUCGUUCGGCUACCAGGUUUCGAACCAACCGCUGUCGACAGGCGAGUUCUUCGAGACGAGCACUCUCCUCGUCACACUCAUCAUGGUUGGCCGAUGGACGGCGGCGUUCGCCCGGCAGAAGGCUGUGGAGUCUAUCUCCAUCCGGUCCCUUCAAACCGCAACUGCGUUGCUAGUGACCGACGAUGGUGAAACCGAGAUUGACGCCCGGCUUCUUCAGUACGGCGAUGUCUUUAAAGUCCCUCCUGAUUCGCGGAUCCCGACCGAUGGCACGGUGGUUUCUGGCUCGUCUGAAGUUGAUGAGUCCAUGAUUACCGGAGAGUCCCGGCCGGUUGAGAAGUAUACCAAGUCUCCAGUGAUUGCUGGAUCAGUCAAUGGUUCGGGAACCCUGUAUGUUCGGUUGACACGACUCCCUGGUGAUAACACAAUCGACGCUAUCGCCGGCAUGGUUGACCAAGCCAAGCUAUCGAAGCCGAAAAUCCAGGAUAUUGCAGAUCGCGUCGCGAGCUACUUCGUCCCGGUCGUUAUCACCUUGACGAUCAUAACCUUUUGUAUCUGGAUCGCCAUCGGAAUCAAAAUACGCGGGCAAUAUGGGCGGGAAGCUACUAUUCAAGCAAUCACCUUCGCCAUUACGGUCCUGAUUGUAUCGUGCCCGUGCGCGAUUGGCCUCGCAGUUCCGAUGGUGAUCGUUGUCGCCGGAGGUGUUGCCGCUAAGCGAGGCGUAAUCUUCAAAUCGGCCGGGGCUAUCGAGGUCGCGUACGAGACGUCGCAUGUUGUGUUUGACAAGACCGGCACCAUUACGGAGGGCAAACCGAGUGUGGUACGAGAGUGGUACAGCAGCAACGAGCAAAAUGCGAACCAAGCGCUGCUCCUGGGCCUGUUGGAGGGCAUCAAGCACCCCGUCUCCGUUGCUGUAGUCAGACACCUUCAAGCGCAAGGAGUGAGGCCUUCCCAAGUGACCAAUCAAAAGACGCUGACUGGACGGGGUGUCGAAGGCACCGCAACGGACUGCGGGAGGGCUCUCCGAGCAGGCAACUCUGGCUGGCUCGGCCUUGGGUCGGAUGCGGUGGUACAGUCAAUCCUGUCAGAGGGACACACCGCCUUCUGCUUCACCGUCGAUGGCUCCGUGGCUGCCGUUUUCGGCCUCGAAGACACGAUCCGUCCUGAUGCCGCCUCGACGGUUAAUACAUUGGUUGACUGCGGCGUAUCGGUCCACAUUGUCUCGGGCGACGACGAUGGCGCCGUAUGCUCAGUCGCAGCCCGGUUGAAUAUUGCCGAGUCAAACGUUCGCUCCCGCUGCACGCCGGCGGACAAACAAACGUACGUGCAGGCUCUGCUAAAAAGCGUUCCGUCUCCGAGCAACGGCAAGAAAUCAGCGGAGCCAGUGGUUAUAUUCUGUGGUGACGGUACCAACGAUGCGGUUGCACUGGCCCAAGCCACCAUUGGGGUGCACAUGAAUGGGUCUGAAGGAGGCACCGACGUCGCCAAAUCGGCGGCCGAUGUGGUCCUUUUACGUCCAGCCCUUGGCGGGAUCCUGACGAUGAUUGCCGUAAGCAAGAAGUCGAUCCAUAGAAUCGCCUUCAACUUUGGCUGGAGCUUCGUUUAUAACUUGUUUGCCAUUCUUCUCGCGGCGGGCGCAUUUGUCAGCGUCAGCGCGAGGAUCCCACCCGAGUUCGCCGGAUUGGGCGAGCUUGUCAGCGUCCUGCCGGUUAUUGCGGCCGCCGUGAUGCUGCGAUGGUCCAAGAUCUGAAGCUCUUGAAUGCUGGGGUCCGGACUGGCCACAUCAAUUGGAGGCAUCAAAGGAUUUGCGAGGAAUGCACACUCUGAUGGUGACGUAGACUCAUCUUGACGGGAAAUUGGGAGAUGUAUUGUGCCAAGGGCGAAGGGAGGGUUUGACAUAAUGCGGAUGCAGGGAGGCUGGGAGGAGAAAGAUACGGCAACGGGGAAUCGGCCUCGGAUCGGGAUGGAUCAAGAUAUGUCAAUAGAAAACCCCGGCCGGCCGCAGCCGCACUGCUUUCCCGAAUCCGGACGGGGCCAUUUCAUUCCGGGCAAGCCACGCGAGUUCCCGGCAUGGCUGCGCCGAAACUACUGUACGCCAGUUUCUAGUUCCUAGAGCUAUUUUG